AUGGCCCCAAGAGAAAAUGAAAACAAUGCUCUUGCAAAAUUUGGGGUGACAAACAAAGAGCAUUAUGGUAUGUUUUGGUAUUUUCUGGAGCGGUCAAUUCAGAAUGCGUGCUUAGAGAGCAAUGUGAGAGUGCUUGUUUUGUUGAAUUUCAGAGGCAACGUUGCAAACCACAAUAUUUUAAAAUCUAUUCCUUAAAAUGUGACGAAAUUUGGCAGAAAUCCUGUUCAUAUCGCACACCUGUCAAUGAAAGCCUCAAACUAAAAGUUGAACAAAGGAGUUUUGAGACACAAUCAAGUUUUUCAUCAAAGCUGUUUUCUUAAAACUUUCAAAAACUGUUUGUCAUAAUUUGGUUAAGUUGUUUUUUUAAAAAAUGAGGGUUACCAAUUGUAAGCUGUCUGGCAAAUCUAAUAACUGAAUUUUCGUAAACCUAUAAUAAAUUCAAAAUCUUUGGCUUGUUUUCAAUCAUCCACGUUGCCAUGGAAACGAUCUAAAUCUUACCUUUGACCAAACGAAUUUAAUGUCAUGUAUGUAUUUUGUCCAUGCCAGUUUUGAGCUGAAGGAUGCUAAAUUUGUCACGGAAGUUCAUCAGAAGCACAUAGACCAAUGAUUCUGAGUCCAUAAAAUUGCGAUUUAUAGAUUCAUAAGAGCGCCAUAGUUGUUAGUUCAAAUUUUAUUGCUUUUAUUAUAAGUAUAUAAAUGGAUAGAGGCUUCGCCUUUAGCCCUGGCUAAAUCCAUAUAUUAAAAUUGCAAUUUACAUAUUCAUAAGCGCGCCCUUUUCUUUAGUCUUUUCCCGCUAAAAAUUAACUGCUAUAAGCCUCUAAUGCCUCCACAAGUCAGUCCUCGGAAUGACUGGCCAGCGUACUGCGAUACUGGUCUUCAUUACGAGCUGGUGUCGAUAUUGAGCAGCACCGUAAUUGCUAGUGAUUGGUGCAUUAGUUGAGUUCAGUCGUGGUUAGUGGGUUUCCAUCCGAAGCAUUGUUUAUAUUUGGUGUUCCCUAGGCGGUUCGCUGAUAGUACUUCACCGAUCUACUGCUGCAGCAGUGUUGUCUGAUCGAAGGUAUUCACGCUUUUUCUGAAAUCUCAAUUCCACCGUCUCUGUUAGGCUUAAAAUACCAUCGGUAAGCCGCACUGGAUUGCACCAUGACGUGUAAAGAAUUCAUUGUCGCGGCAGGUGAAAUCAAAGUUUUAUGAUCUGUAGUUGCUUAAAUUACAUUAAAACUGUUUCACUUCUGACCUAGGGUAGCUCUUUCAAAAGCUAGCUGCUAUUGACCCUUCCUCAAUGGUUACCGCUCAAUACAGGUUUCGAAUGCGUAUCUUUUUUGUGACCACUGACUUUACUAUUCAUUCAUAAAAGAUAUGGUAAGCGUCAUUAAAAAUAAUAUACCAUCAAUUCUCUUUUGCAUGUUCCUGGCUUUAAAUUAUUUCAAACUUGGCCUUGAGGACCCGAGGUUUGAUUAGAAUAGAGCUCUGAAUUGAUUUUCUCGGGCAUAGUUUCUUUUCGCAACUGCAUAAGUAAAGUAUAACUGUGAUUAUGUUCUCGCAUUCAUUUAGAGUUACUUAAGUUAGGUAUUUGUCCCCCCACGUAAGGAAAUCCAAGACAGUCUGGGAUAGUCUGCAGGAUUCCACCGCUGUAGAUUCCGGAUUUCAGGUAUUGGAUUCCGGAUGCCUAGUCAGUGAAACUUGGAUUCAGGAUUCCACUCGUUCUUUUGAUUUCGGAUUCCUUGAGCUCAGUCCGUUAAGGAUUUCACAAGUAAAAAUUUCCCAGAUUCAGGAAUCCGGAUUAUCUUGAUAUAUGCAUGCAGUAGCCAAUUUACAUCCUGAUGCGUGGUGGUAAAUUAUCUAAGUCUUAAAAUGCACCGAUAAACUGGAUGCCUUAACGUACAAAUUAGAACUGAGUGCCUUAUGGGGCACAGGAGUAUGUUCUAUUGAUUUGCUAGGGGCCUUCUUGGGAGCCGGCUGUGAAGAAAGGUAAUAGUCAUUUUGCAGUUAUGUCCAUUACAGUGCAAAACCGCAAGAGAGAAAAGAGGAAGUAAUUUGUCAAGAGACGGCGUGUUCGGCGAACACCUGUUAAAGGGUAAAGGCGAGGUUAAAUGGUGA